AUGUUUCUUUUAAAAGUUCCUUCGAUAUUAUUAUUUAUUAUUAACAUCACAUAUUCUAUGUAUUAUUUGACGAAUUUUCAUGCUCACUAUCCUGAUGCUCGUGUAAUUAUUGCAAAUUGUGGUGAUACAAUAUCACUCUCUUGUCCAAGUGAAUCUGAAAAUCAUGCAUCAUCAUCAUCAUCAACGCCAAUUAUGUGGUUUCGUUUAUAUGAGAAUGCCUAUCCGCAACCAUUGAUACUUGGUGAUCGUCAAUUAAGUGAUGAUCAACGUUUUAUGCUUCGUACACAAAAUAAUGACCGACAUUUAGAAAUCGUCGGUAUAAGAAAAGAUGAUGAAGGAUAUUAUUUAUGUAAAUCUGGAAAUAUUCAAUCAAGUUAUAAUAUAACAAUACUUAGUAAUACAUGUAUUGAUAUUAUACCAGAUCAUAUUCAUACAAAUGCGGAUGAACCUAUUUAUCUUAUUUGUCGUAUACGUUCAAUAGAGAAUUCUAAUGAAGUUAAUUCACAAGUUGAAUGGACACGUAAUGAUUAUUUAUUAGAUAAUAAUAUGACUGAAUCUAGUUCAAAUUAUUCAUCAAUCGAUAGUAUAUUAUAUGAAACAUUAACUAUAAAAAAUGCAACUCGAAAUGAUACUGGUAUUUAUCGAUGUCGAUAUGGACAAGAUCUAACAGCAACAGCUCAAGUUAUUGUCAAUCAAUAUCCCAAUGGUAGUAAGGCGCGUCGUCUAAUAUCACAAUUAGGUGGUAACAGUUCAUCAUCGAAAGCAUCAUUACGAACAGUAAACAGUUGUUUUUAUAUUGUCUAUGAAAUUGUUCUUGUCACACUUGUUGCACUAUCAAUGCAUUUAACUAUAACCCUCGCAUUGUUAUUCUGUAUUUCUGCCGUAACUAUUAAUGCAGCAGAAACAUGUCAAGGUCCAGCAAUUGAUUCGCAAGAAGAUUUCAAAUGGAAAUAUGAUGCCGCACCAAUUGUUGUUUAUGGAAAUGUAAUUAAUGUCAAAGAUACCAUGGUUACAUUAACAGUUAAUUGUACACUUAAAGGUUCAUUAGAUACUGCAAGAAUCGAUGUUUCUCAACUUUCAACAGUAGCAAAUACAACUGAAUGCCAUUACUUGUCAAUAAACAAGAACUACAUUGUUUUCAUUGAUGAAAUGAAACCAACAAGUGCUGGUAGUAGAUCUAUUUAUCGAUUAGCUGAUUUGGAAGAAAUCGAAAUUAAUGCUAAUACAGCCAAAAGUUUCAUGAAUGAUGAAUGUACCGAUGAAGAAGAUAAUGGAAUUGAAUUAACAAUGUUCUUUAGUGAUAAAGAUCUUAAAUGUAAUCAAUUCACUGCUACUUGCAACGAAGCCAACAAGGCAUCAAUUAUUGCUCUUAAUUACGGACCAUUAACAAAAUCAAGUACUUUCUUAGGAGGAUUUAGAAAAACAAUGCCAGUACCAAAUAUGGAUUCUACUGAUGGUAUUUCAGGUAAAAAUACAGGCACUGGUGAUGAACAAAUGCGUGGUACUGCUACAAUCUCAACAAUGUGGAUGUCAAUGAUCGUCUUUCUUGCUGGUUUAAUGAUGACACGCAAUAUUUAA